CUCGACCUGAACCUCACAAUGACGCAAAUUUCCGAUUUCCGUCUCUCUCUCUGCUCAUCGCGUCGCCCUGCCACUGAUGGCCGGAAUAAAACGCUCCUGGGAAGGAAAGCCGCUGAGAAUCCCUUCCUCCAAAGAAUCUGCACCUGCACAUUCCUCGACGACAGCAAUGGCAGCAGCGGAGUCGGAUCGACCACCAACGGCGAUACAAUCGAUUUUCUCCACGUUCCGGGACGAAUUGGAUCAGCAUCAUGAUCGGAGGGAGAGGAUUAUUAAGGCGUCGAGGGAUAUUACGGCGCUGAGUAAGAAGGUUAUCUUCUCGUUGCAACGAGUCCGAACACUAAACCAACCCCUCCCCCCCUCAAUCGCAAACGAAAAUAAAUCCCGCCUCGACCAAAUCCGCCAACUAUUCCAAUCAGUCGUCCCCGACGUCACUGGCAUAAACUCCUGGCGGUACCAACGCCAACUCAGUUCCGGAAUUCAGGAAUUCAUCGAGGCAAUCUCCUUCCAGCACUACGUGCAGAACCAGAAACUCAUCACGUUAGAGGAAGUCACCGCGCAACUUCCCCCGGAGAUUCUCGUGACGGAAGAGGAUUACCUGAUGGGACUGUUCGAUUUGACUGGUGAAAUGAUGCGGUUUACGGUGACAUCUUUGUCGACUGGGGGGUUGACGCGGCAGCAGCAGCAGAUAAAGGAGGCUGGCGUGGUUGGUGGUAAGGACGAUGCGAGGGAUGGUCCGAAACUUCCUCCGGCGCAGUCUGGGAUUGUGGUUGAUCUGCGGGAGAUGCGGUCGCUGUUUGAGUCUCUUACUAUUCCGCGGAGACAUAAUAUGCUGAGGGAUAUGGGGAAGAAGCUGGAUGUGAUGCAGGGUAGUGUGGAGAAGGUUGAGAGAGCAGCGUAUGGGAUUCUUGUGCGUGGUAGUGAGCGGCCGAGUGGGUGGAUGCCUGACUUGUCUAAUUCAGCUGAGGUAGAUAGUUAUUGAUUGACUGAAAUAUGGAUGUCGGAUGGCGUUUUGGUGCAUUGAUUAACGGUGUAGGGAUGAUAGUGAAU